GAUACUGGUGUGGGCAAAUCAAGUAUCGUGUGGAGAUUUGUAGAAGAUAGCUUUGAUCCCAACAUCAACCCAACAAUAGGAGCCUCAUUUAUGACCAAGACUGUACAGUAUCAAAAUGAGCUGCAUAAAUUCCUAAUCUGGGAUACAGCCGGACAGGAGCGGUUUCGUGCUUUAGCCCCGAUGUAUUACAGAGGCUCAGCUGCAGCCAUUAUAGUGUAUGACAUCACAAAAGAGGAAACUUUCUCAACAUUAAAGAACUGGGUUAAAGAGCUUCGACAGCAUGGACCCCCAAACAUUGUUGUAGCUAUUGCAGGAAAUAAGUGUGAUCUUAAUGAUGUAAGAGAAGUCAUGGAAAAAGAUGCUAAAGACUAUGCAGAUUCCAUUCAUGCAAUAUUUGUAGAGACAAGUGCGAAAAAUGCAAUAAACAUUAAUGAACUCUUUAUAGAAAUUAGUCGCAGAAUUCCAUCAACUGACACCAACCCCCCAUCUAGUGGUAAGGGCUUCAAACUUAGAAGACAGCCAUCUGUGACAAAGCGCAGCUGCUGUUGACUGAUCCCUUAUAAAAUCAGACUUGUUUAUACAGUAGGUGGUCUUGGAAGUUAAUAGUUCACGUUGGGUUUAUAUUAUCAGUCUUAGAUCUUUAUCUGCUGGUGUUCAUAUACCCAUGGUCCCACAAAAAUGGACCAGUUCAUCUGACAUCUGUACACUUGCAGAAAAGACUGCAAUCAUAAUGUCAGCCUGUUUACUUACAAAACAUGUAGUAUCUUACAUUCAAAGGGAAUCCAUCAUUGCUUUUUUGGCCUUGCUUGAAAGGAAGGUGACUAUAUGGAUGGUAGAACUGAAAUGUUUAAUAGUUUUGUAAUCAAGAUUUUAGGGGGGGUUUUUUGUAAAAAAGGGAAAUGAGCACUUUUGUGGGACUUAAGGGUGAGAGGAAUCUGGAAGUUAGAUGUCACUUCUUUUUCUUCAGUGAGCCUUAUUUUAAAUUUAAUUGUAGCUAAUCCAAAGUACAAUGGGACAGUUGAUGUGAGGUGGCUACAGAAUAAGCAGCUGAAGACAAAUAAUAGGCAAAUCAGUCCAUCCAGUCCCCAAAUCCCAUUUGCACUUUUUAUUUAAAGAUGAUAUGCACCAGGGGUGGGGACACAAGCAACAGGUCUUA